AAAAAAGAGCCUUUCGACACCCCAACGCCCACCACCGACACCAAGGUAAGCUCAAGCUCACUGAACAGGAAUCCUGAAAGCCCAAGAUUUGUAGAAACCUCCAUCUCUAUCUCCAUUUCUGCAACAACUCAAGCUCGACUGCAAGCGCAAAACCCUUCUCCAAGCUCUCAUCUUUUCACUGCCAUUCCGUCUCUCUCGCUCUCUCCGCUUCUGGGUCUCGGCCGCCCGCCGCAAAAGAGGGCGAGAAACGCAGCCGCCCCGCAAUGAAAGAUCCAGAUCCGGGAGCCGAGCCCGUCGCCCAGAACCUCAUCAAGCUCAUCAGCAAUGUCUGCUUCUCCGUCUUCGUCUUCUCCGUCCUGAUCGUCACCGUCGUCGCCAUCACCUACCAGCCCCCGGACCCGUGGCUCGAGUCCGCCCCCGCCCUCACCAGGCUGUUCACGCAGACCGAGAAUGCCACCUUCAAGAACGACGACUCCGUCCUCAAGACCGGCGAGGACUUGCCCCUCCUCGCCCCCGCGGUCACCCCGACUCCCGCGCCGAUCCCAAUCGCGAUCGCCGCGCCGCCGCCGACGGAGAUCGAGAGGGCCGGAGCGGCGACGGCGAAUUCGACCGCCGAGGCCGAGGCCGAGCCGGUGCCCGAGCCCUCGUGCGAUGAGGCGGCCCUGUUGCCCGUCAACUGUUCGGAUCCCCGCGUUCUGGUCGCCGUCAAGAGGUUCAAUGCGAGAGCCUUUAGGUCUAUCGUGUUCCUGGGUUAUCAGACUCCGGUCAACGGUUCGAAAGCCGACGAGUGCGACGUGAUGUGGAGGUUCAGGAACAGGAGGGAGAAAUCUUGGAGGAAGUACAGGGACUUUAGGAGGUUCAAGAUUGGCAUUGGAGAGGACUGCACUUACAAGGUGGCGCAUCCGGGCGCUUGGCAUUCGGGCGUCAAUGCGCGGCCGGCGAAGAGCCGCAGAUCCAACGCCACUAGGAGCGGCAAGAAACCGAAAGUUCCGGCUCCUUCCGUUAGGGACGACGAGAUCAAUGACACUAUACCGACUCUGGGAUCCAAUACGAGUUUCAGGAAGGGGAGAUACUUGUACUACUCUCGCGGAGCGGAUCACUGUAAAGGGAUGAAUCAUUACUUGUGGAGCUUCCUCUGCGGGCUGGGCGAGGCGAUGUACCUCAAUCGCACUUUCGUGAUGGAUCUCAAGAUCUGCCUGGCGGCCACAUACAACCCGAGUAAAAAAGAUGAGGAAGGGAAGGAUUUCCGGUUCUAUUUCGACUUCGAGCAUCUCAAGGAGUCGGCGUCGAUCGUGGAGGAAGGCGAGUUUUGGAGGGAUUGGAAGAAAUGGGACGAGACUCACAAGAAAAAGGUUCCGGUUAAGAAGGUCGGGACUCACAAAGUCACGCCGAUGCAGCUCAAGAAAGAUAAAAGCACGAUCAUAUGGCGGCAGUUCAAUGCUCCGGAGGAGACGGAGAAUUACUGGUACAGGGUCUGCGAAGCGCAGGCCGCGAAUUACAUCCACAGGCCGUGGCAAGCGAUCUGGAAGUCGAAGAGACUGAUGAACAUCGUCACGGAGAUCAGCGGAAGAAUGGACUGGGAUUUCGAUGUGGUCCAUGUGGUUCGGGGGGAGAAGGCACAAAAUAAGGCCCUCUGGCCUCACUUGGAUUCCGAUACAUCCCCCGAAGCUAUUCUUGCUAAGCUUCGGGAGGUGAUCCAUCCGUGGAGAAAUCUGUACGUGGCAACGAAUGAGCCCUUCUACAACUACUUCGACAAAUUGAGGUCUCAAUACAAGGUGCAUCUGCUGGAUGAUUAUAGGGAGUUGUGGGGCAAUACGAGCGAGUGGUACAAUGAGACAAGGCUUCUUAACAAUGGGAAUCCGGUCGAAUUCGAUGGUUAUAUGAGGGUGGCGGUGGACACUGAGGUACUAUACCGGGCAAAAACGAGAGUCGAAACUUUCUACAAUCUAACAAAAGAUUGCAAGAAUGGAAUCAAUACAUGCUGAAGCUGAGCAUAAUUUGAUGUUCUCAUAUCAUUUCUUCCACACAUUGAUCUGUGGCUAUGGAAAUUUGUGAAAUUUGGUGUAUGGGACGGGGUUCUUUAGGAAAUUCGUUGCCUAGUCAUUACAGGUCAGUUCUUUCAUUGCGUUGAUGUCCUGCAAUUUGAUGAGCAAGCCAAUUCAUAUUUGUAACAUAGUCUAUUUUCAUUAUAGUCUUCAUCAUGGUCGUUGCAUCAACAGAUGGCACUGCAAUUAUCCUCUUUACUCUCUCUAUAAUCUCCAUGAAUUUUGUAACGGAAAUUUGUGGGAGAAUUCAGAUAGCAGUUUAGAGGCCAACUGCUAAAUGAAUGUAGUGCGUUAAAAAGCAUGUGUGAGAUUUGUUUGACUGACUUUUAAACCUUUUUACAAGUGGGAGGCCUCAAUUACA